UUACAAUUCCGCACAGUAAUUAUGUACACAUAAUCCCGGAGCAUUCAUAACAGUAAACAUGUCUGCUUGUAAAUUAACAAUAUUUAUAUUAAUUUUUUACUUCAGUUUCGGAGACACUAAAAUAGUUAUUAAUAAAUGUUGCCCUUUUGACCAAUAUGUAGGUUUCAAGAAACAUUGCAAGAAUGAUACGGGGGUGUACAAUUUUACAAAUUACAAUUUUGGGGAUGUGGUUAUUUAUGACAAGGAUAUUGCGGAGACGAGGAAGAAGGUGUUUGAAGUGUUCACGUUGGUGCCGUCGAAGUCUCGGAAUUUUAGUAUGAUUAGAGCUUUCGACAUGUCCAGGAAAUUCAAUAAUUACUUGCUGGAGGAUGGAACCGUCAUGCAGGAGCUACCGAACUCCUUCAACAGGUUCAAGCCGAUCGCAAACGAUAAGUUCUGUAUAGACAUCGCGCUGCCGAACGGAAGAAAUAUUUAUGAACCACAGUUCAGGAUAUGGACCAUCCCCACCCCGGUACCGGAAGAUGAAUUUGAGUCUAACAGCAUCUUCCUUGUAAGUGGAUUCCUCGUCUCCAGCGUGUUUCUGAUCCUCGUCCUCAUCGUGUACUGCCUGUUGCCGGAGCUCAGAAACUUGUGCGGAAAGAUCCUCAUGGCUUACGUGGCCUGUCUGCUGGCAACAUUUCUUUCGUUUGCGCUGCUGGAUUUCAUUAGCAUGGCUGAUGAGAAUACGGAAAUUAUCUGUCUUAUAUUUACAUUCCUGAUUCAUUACUUCUGCUUGGCAUGUUUUUGUUGGAUGAACGUCAUGUCUAUCGACAUUUGGUGGACAUUCAGAGGAUACGCCAAAGCUCGGCCCAUCCAUCGGCGAGGAGAGACAUUCAAGUUCCUCAUGUAUUGUCUAUACGCCUUCGGCAUGCCUUUGGUGUUGACUAUCGGGAUGGGUGUCAUAGACAGAAUGGACUUGAGGCAUAUACCAUGGUUCAUUAAGCCUGACAUUAAUGGAACAGGAUGCUUUUUAGAAGGUAGCGGCAAAUUUAUGUACCUAUACGUGCCAAUGUUAGUCAUCAUCGUCAUGAAUUGGAUCCUGUUCCUCAUGACCUCGUUCAACAUCUGGCGCCUCAGCCGCGGCACAGCUGUGCUGGACUCGCCUGCCGCUGGAAACCCGUCUGCUCAUAGGACACACCGUCACAGAUUCAUGCUGUACCUGAAGCUCUCCGUGAUCAUGGGCGUCAGCUGGGUGCUAGAGGUCCUGAGCGCUCUGUCUCCAGAAUACCGCGCCUGGUACCUCAGCGACGCCUACAACCUGCUCAUGGGCUUCUUCAUCUUCCUCAUAUUCGUCUGCAAGAAGAAGAUCAUCAAGAAACUUGAGAAAAGGUACGUUAUUGUGUGUCCUAAACUGAUGCAUUUGAAGCACGUCUGUACCUGAAGCUCUCCGUGAUCAUGGGCGUCAGCUGGGUGCGAGAGGUUCUGAGCGCUCUGUCACCAGAAUACCGCGCCUGGUACCUCAGCGACGCCUAGAACCUGCUCAUGGGCUUCUUCAUCUUCCUCAUAUUCGUCUGCAAGAAGAAGAUCAUCAAGAAACUUGAGAAGAGACUGUGUUCCACACGCACCCAAUGGUCUCCGAUUUUCACCAAGAGCCGGUCCACCAGCGUUUCUUCAGAUUCCUCAGACAGCCAGGAUACGACUUCUCAGAUCUGCUCGAGUCCUUCUGGGGCUAGUUAUUAUAAGGCGUAAAACCGGACGGAUUUUUAAUUUUAAACUGGGGGCCUACCUGUGGCUCCAAUUAUGCAAGAGCGAAAUAAACGCAAAUUACAGAUUUUCCUUCGAUUUCGCGGUAGGUACUUAUAUGUAUUUAGUUAAGUCCCCAGCCAGAAUUCGUAUAAUAAGUGUUCCUCAAAAGUUAUUGACUUAUUACCCCCUUAUUCAUGAAACUUUACGGGCAUGAUUUAGUUAAAUUAUGUUUUAUCCCUUUCUUACAAAUACCUAAGUCAAAAUGACAGAUUCAUAGCUAAUUCAGCGCGUUUAUGAAUAGGUAACGCCAUUAAUAAAUUGUGUUAAAUAUAGAUAUUACCAAACUUUUCUGACUAUAAUACGUCGCGCACACGCCACGGCCCAUUAUGUUACAAAUAUUUGUAUAAAAUAAGGUAGGUAGGUAAAUAAGUUAGGUAUAACCUAUAACAAAAUGUGUUCACAAAAUCUAAGAGUAUUAAAAAUGCAUUUAUUUAGUUUAGGUAGUUACAUAAUUUAGUUAAAAAUUAAUUUAACUCAUCAUCAUCAUUGGCCUGUAACAUAAAUAAGAUGAUGGUUUAAUUUAAACAGCGUUUAUACGAUAGUACCAUUACACUACAUACCUAGUUAUAAUGCUAUUCUCUAUACCACGUGUCCCAAAAUUCAACGAUAAGGUGGCACCAGAAGAUGGACCUGCUCAUGACUACUCGAGGAAAAAAAAGAAAAAAAAAAUAUCUCAAUUUAUUAUGGAAUUACAAAAAAAAAUUAAGUCGACAUCCCUAGUGGUAUUUUUAACGACAAUGUCUACAAUUUUUCAAUUUUUUUUUUUCAAUUUUUUUAUUUUUUUUCCUGGAGUAGUCAUGAGCAGGUCCGUCUUCUGGUGCCAGCUCAUCGUUGAAUUUUGGGACACGUUGUAUAUUACAUAGGUAUCCAUCUAGUAUCUAGGUAAAGACUUUUCCUUCCUCAGACAGACAAAAGUAGGUAGAGUUAGACCAAGAAAAGUCUGCAGCGAUUUUGAUAGUACACAGCAUCGUAGAUAUUCUUACUCUUAAUAUUGUUAUAGUUGUACGGGUUGUAUCUAUUUUCAAUAAUAAAGACCCUGUACUUAGGUCAGACUGAAAAUUCCUGGACGGCCACUUAGAAAAAUUAAGUCGUCUUACAUAUCAGAAUCCAGAAACUUUCAGUAUGGCCCACGUAUUACCAAACCCACUAUGUAGGUAUUUACCAAAAUACAUAAUUGUAUAGGUGGGUAUCUAGGUAUCUAAGGUAUUUUAAAGUAACACAAAACCAAAGAAAGAUUAUUUUAGGUACUAUACUUAAGGUUUAUAACAGUCUAAUAUAGUACUUAGAUUGAAUAUACAUAUGUUGUAAGAGUAAUUUUAAGUUGUUAAGUGUUAGGUAGGUACUUAGAGUCUGUUCGGAAAGAGAUAAGUCGUAGAAUGUAUUGGAUCCCACACAUUUCACAACUCUUCUCUCUCCGCACAGACUCUAACAACUUAAGUAGUUAUUAAUAAAUAAAGAAUAUAAUCAAA